UACAGUAGACCUAUGUCCACACAACGGCAGAGCUGGAGAAAGAUACCAGGUGAUCUAGACUUACAUCCUGUUAUAAAAUAUAUAUAUGUAUUUUAUGUAUUUUUAUUGGUGUUUUGACUCUAUUCAGACAAUAAGAAAAUCAGAAGGGGAGACAGGAUAGUGGGAGAAACAGUGAGAAAGGUGGACUGGACCCUGGACUCUGGUGGGGAGUUGUAUGUGACUAAUGCCGGGGAGUGUUACCACACCACAGCUCGGCACGACUAGCAUCCUGUUUGAUUCUCACACUAUGAUUGGAGUGUUUGUAAGUGUAACAGCCGAGUAAAGACUGGUAAGCUGAGAGUGUGUCAAUUGUAUUUGUUAUUCAAAAUAUGAAUAUUAUUGAACUACACGAUGAAUGAAGUUUGCUGUAUGUUGUACUCAGUGUCCAUUAGAGCCAUGGUGAUGCCUGUGGGGGUAAUCACUUUCAAGAGUAAUACUGUGGCAAUAAUGCAAAGAGUUGAUCAUCAAUGGCAAUUCAUAAGUAUCAAGCAAUUAUGAAUCAAUACGAGAUUAAUAAUUUCACCUGAUAGACACCGUUAUCCUUGUCUUGUGAAGCAAGUAUAUCUACAAAUACUUCUAUAGGUACUAUUAGGAAAAUGGAGAACUCAACACAAUUCAUGUCAUUUAUACUAGCUGGAUAUAGUGACAGUGGACACUUAAAGUACUUGUAUUUCAUUAUAAUAACUGUCUUAUACGUCUCCAUAGUUUUUGCGAACACAGUGCUUAUUGUAGUUAUUUGUAUGGAGAGAAGCCUUCAUGAACCCAUGUAUCUGUUUCUGUGCAGUUUGUUUGUGAAUGACUUGUAUGGUAGUGCUGGUUUGUUUCCUGCUCUCAUGACUCAUUUGGUUUCAGAUGACCAUGCAGUUUCCGCUGUGCACUGUUACCUACAGAUCUUUUGCAUGUACACAUAUGGAACUAUUGAAUUAUGCAAUUUAGCAGCCAUGUCCUAUGACAGGUACCUUGCUAUAUGUUAUCCCCUACAGUACAACAACAUCAUGACACCCAACAGGGUGUGUAUUUUAAUUUGUGUAAUAUGGUUUUACUCUUUUGCAAAAUUCAGCAUACAACUGUCUUUAACUAUUCGUUUGCAAUUGUGUGGGAAUAUUAUAGACAAAGUGUAUUGUGACAACUACCUGGUAGUGAAACUUGCCUGUUCAACAUCAGACCAAACAGUUAAUAACAUCUAUGGACUCUGUGGUAUUGUUUUGACUGUCGCUGUCCCUUUAAUUACUAUUGUGUCCUCUUAUAUUAAGAUUCUGACUAUUUGUUUGAAAUCUUCCAUCGAGACCAGACAGAAAGCUUUCAGCACCUGUAUUCCUCAUCUGGCCUCACUGCUCAACUUCUCUUUUGGCUGUUUCUUAACUCUGCUCCAGAGUAGAUUUGAUAGGCCUAUGAGAAAUGUUCCAACUGUACUUCUCACUAUUUUAUCAGUGUACUUUCUGAUGUGCCAGCCACUUUUGAAUCCUAUUGUGUAUGGAGUUAGGAUGACUAAAAUCAGACAGGCUUGUAAAAACAUACUACCUGUAGGUCUGUACCCUAAAACAUAAGCUAAACAUUAGUGUGACCUUUUCUGUCCUGAUUGUUAGAUUUUUGUGAUGUUGACUUGUGUUUUGUUACUUGUAGGCUAGUCGCAAUAAUGAAACAUUUGCUAAACAUUUGCAUGUGUAAA